UAAUGGCUGUUGGGAGUUUCAGGAAACUCACCAUGUUUAUAAACAUGGCUGGUGAUGACUGACACCACGUGUUGCAAGACCAUCAACGGUUGAUUUGACAGACACAUAUGCUGGUUAUAUAGUCCUGAAAUGAAUGAACUGACAUUCACUGCUAAGAGCAUUUAAUAUAACUCGUCACUGUGGUUCCCGCGUGCUCCUGUGAUACACUGAGCUAAGGAUGGAGAGAGGUGUAAGAGUGCUUACAGCGGCGGUGUUAGGAAGUGCCUCUGUCUACGCUGGUGUACUAACAUUUCGUCAGCUGUACAAACAUUUUAAAACACAGGCAAGGAAAUGUCAGAGUAGAAAAAGAACCAACCAAAAUAUCCAUCUCAUCUCUACGGCGAAGGACUGGCAAGAUCAGCAGAAAACGCUACAAGAACACCUGAAAGUUAUGAAGGUUGUGGGUUUGGACUGUGAGUGGGUGUCAGAUCACAGUACCGGACACCGCUCCCAGGUGGCCCUGCUGCAGCUGGCGACAACCUCUGGUCUGUGUCUGUUGGUGAGACUGUGUCACAUGGGAGGGAUGAUACCGCAGACAUUGAAGGACUUGUUAGCAGAUCCAAGUAUACUUAAAGUUGGUGUAGCAGUGAAGGAUGAUGGGAAAAAAUUGGCCAAGGAUUAUGGGAUGGUUGUUCAAGGCUGUGUUGACCUGCGACAUCUCUUGACUCGUGUGAGACAUAAGUAUAAAUGUGAUUCCAGUCUCCAGGGUCUGGCUGAAGGUAUUCUGGGAGUGACGAUGGACAAGAGGAGGGAGAUUCGCUGCAGCAACUGGGAGGCAGACACCCUCUCUGUAGAUCAGGUACACUAUGCAGCAGCUGACGGCCAGGUGGGCGUUGACAUCUUCACCAAGCUGGUGCUGACCAAGCUGAAGGGUGGUGACCCGGGGGACCUGGUGUGGAACAUGGAGGAGGUCGACCUGGAAGAGGUCUGGAGACUGGCCAGGGCCAUGUGCCAGGGCAUUGUGGACAUUGGUCACAGACAGUCGGGGACACAGCGCAGAACUCAGUCAUCGGCUAAGCAGACGGAGAAGCCUGGGAUUGAGAAAGGACGUGCCUAUUCCGCCCGGGCUCGACCUCUGUAUCACAACUGCCAACUCCAGGCUCCUGAUGGGCAGCCCCUGUGUACGUGUGACAUCCGUAAGGCAGAGUGGUACAUAGAGAAACAGCUAGGAGACAAGGUAUGUGAACGGCCCCUCACUGUACGUCUGAGGUUUGAGCCAUCGGGUCGUCCCGAGUCAGAGCACAACUACUACCUCCAGGAGAAGGAGAACGUCUGCGUCGUGUGCGGCAACAACAACACCUACACCAGGAAGUUUGUCGUACCCCAGGAGUACCUAAAAUACUUCCCGCCACUGUUGAAGGACCACAGGUCCCAUGAUGUGCUGCUGCUGUGUCCCCCCUGUCACCAGGUGAGCUCCAACCAUGACGCCGUCCUGCGGCAGGAGCUGGCCGUGGAGUGCGACGCCCCCAUCGACUCCGGGCUGGGAUGUCGUAGUGUACAGAACCAGGACCUCAUGAAGAUCAGAUCAGCGGCCAAAGCACUGAAACUAAGCAGACCCCAGAUCCCUGAAGCAAGGGUAAUUGUGUUGGAAAAGACAUUGAUGGAUUACUAUGGAGUUACCUCCCUUACUGAUGAUUUGUUGGAGACAGCCAUCAAUAUGGACACAAGAAUCUUCAACUCGGAUUACAUGCCACAUGGGAAAAAGGUUGUUGAACAGUUCAAACAGAAGGGGAAACUGUGGGAUUUUGAAAGGCGAUGGAGAAAGAGCUUUGUGGACACCAUGAAGCCCAAGUUUCUUCCUCCUCUCUGGUCUAUCGAACAUCAUCAUAACGGAGUCUUAUCCACUCACUAGAGUCUGGAACACCACAGGAACGCCUCUGAAUGAACUGUUUUACGCCACAGUUUCUCUCUCCCCUCUCUGGUCUAUCGAACAUCAUCAUAGCAAGAUCGAUGCUCAUGCUGUUGAUCACUGAAUUGUCUGGUCCAGACUCGAUUAUUUAUAGACUGCCGCCAAAUAGCUGGAAUAUGGUUACGGUUUUCUUCCUCUCCUCUAUGAUCUAUCAAACUUCAUCUUGUCAACUCACUAGAGUCUGGAACUCUGUGACAUGAUGUAUAUUAUGUCAUCACACCUGAAGGCAUCGAUUGUUGCUGAUGACAUCAACCACUGGUUUUCCUGACCCAGACAUGAUUACUUAAUAACCACAAUAUUGCUGAUUGCCACCUUAAUCAAAACACACACAGGCUUUCCUCUUGAAUUACGCAGACAUGCCAUUACAGAACUGAACAAGAUGGCACCUUCCCAUACUAUUUUUCAGUACAGAUGCUUGUAUCUUUAGAUGAUAUCUUUAUCAAGCUCCUGAAAGUAUAAACAUGUGACUAUGGACAUCUGAUUGUUCCUACCACAUGGAGAAGAGGGCCUGCCAUAUAAAGUGCUGCAAUUGGCUGUGCAGAAUGCCUCACAAGAUCCUGUGAUCGGGGGGUUCAAAAUCCAAUUUGCUCAGUUCUGGGUUGGUGAGCGCCAUACGUGGGUUUCUUCAAUGUCAUAAAUAUCCGAGACCUACAUCACUUCGCCUUUCCUCCCACAUCAAGCCGACGUUACGAUGACAUGACCGGAAUCUGUUCAGUGUAGCUGUAAGUUCAACUCGCUCAGUCAUGAUUUUUCCAAAUGUCUUCUUAAUGUUGGACAUUUUUGUCUAUUGUUUACAUAAUAUGUGAAUAAUUAUUUCUGGAGUAUUUAUUUUUGUAAAUAAACACAAGAAUUGGGUACUAUUGUAUAACUUUUAUUCACAUCUA